GCAGCGCUCGCCUCGACCCGCCGCGCUCCGGAUCGGCAGGCGGGGCGCGCCCGCCGCGCGCAGAAUGUGGCAUCGGACACAGCCCCGGCCCCGCGCGCCCUGGCGCUGGGCGCUGGCGCUGCUGACCCUGGGCGGCGCGGGGCUGUGCCACGCCGGCCCGCAGCCCAGGCACCCCGCGCGGCCCAGCGCCAGGAACAAGAACUGGUGCGCCUACAUUGUGAACAAGAAUGUGAGCUGCUCUGUGCUGGAGGGAAGUGAGAGUUUUAUUCAGGCUCAGUACAACUGUCCCUGGAACCAGAUGCCCUGUCCGUCCGCGCUAGUGUAUCGCGUGAACUUCAGACCGAGGUAUGUCACCAGGUACAAGACGGUGACACAGUUGGAAUGGAGGUGCUGCCCUGGCUUUAGAGGAGGAGACUGCCAGGAAGGUCCCAGAGACCCCGUGAAGACUCUCCGCCCCACGCCCGCUCAGCCUCGAAAUAGCAUGAAGAAAGCCACAGACAAUGAACCAAGCCAAGUCUCAGAGCCCAAGAAGACUUUGUCACCAACUCAUGCAACAGAACCAAAUCAGGUGGUAGAUCCAAAACAGGUACCCCAAGAACUUCAGGAAAAGAAAAUCCAGGUGCUUGAGGAGAAGAUUAUCCGACUCACAAGGACAGUUCUUGAUCUCCAGUCUUCCAUUGCUGGAGUGAACGAAAACCUCAAACAUGCCAUUCAGGACGAUGCUAGCAAAAUGCUGGUAUCAUGGCUCAGUAACCUGCACCCCCAGCCAGGGCCUGACAGUGCCAUUGGUGGAGACACAGAAACGAUCCAGCUUCCUGGUGUCCUCAACAAUAAGGAAUCUGGCAUGAAGGACAUCCAGUCUGAAUUGGCCGAAGUCAAGGACACUCUGAAGACCAAAAGUGACAAGCUGGAAGAGCUGGAUGGGAAAGUGAAGGGUUAUGAAGGGCAGCUUAAACAGCUUCAGGAGGCUGCCCAGGGCCCUACAGUCACCAUGACAGCCAAUGAACUCUACCAAGCCUAUGUUGAUAGUAAGAUUGAUGCCCUGAGAGAGGAGCUCAUGGAGGGAAUGGACAGAAAGCUGGCCGAUCUGAAGAACACAUGUGAGUACAAGCUGAUUGGUCUCCAACAGCCGUGUGAUGACUAUGGGAGCAGCUACCUGGGAGUGAUUGAGCUUAUAGGAGAGAAGGAAACAAACCUGAGAAAAGAAAUAAAUGAACUUCGAGCCCGGCUACAGGAUCCUUCAGCCCGAUCAAAUUGCUGUGACAGUGAAAAGAUUGGUGGCUUUGGACAACAGAUUAAGAUGUUAGACCAGAAAAUUGAAAGAGUUGCUGAAGCCACCAGAAUGCUGAAUGGACGACUGGACAAUGAGUUUGACCGCCUCGUAGUUCCAGAGCCAGAUGUGGACUUUGAUGCGAGAUGGAAUGAACUAGAUGCAAGGAUCAAUGUGACAGAGAAGAAUGCAGAAGAACAUUGCUUUUACAUUGAAGAAACCCUUCGGGGGACCAUUAAUGGAGAGGUAGAUGACUUGAAGCAACUACUUGAUCAGAAAAUACAGUCUCUGGAAGAGCGGCUGGGUGGCGUUCUUCUAGACAUAGCCAACAGCACUGACGCGGAAGUCACGGCCCCAGGGUCAGCUCUACCAGGUGUUUCAGGGGCUGGGCGUGAACAGAUCAUGAUGGAAUUAAGCCACUUAAAGGACAAGGUGAAAGUUGUGGAGGAUGUUUGCCUGCAGAACUUCCAGGGGGAACCGCAUGGGAUAGAAGGUACUUUGCCAAAUGGAGAAGACCACACAAUGGGUGAUAGUUUGAGCCUUUUGAAAUCUCUAAAUGACACGAUGCAUAGGAAGUUUCAAGAAACCGAACGUAGCAUCCAGAAACUUCAACAGGAUUUUAGUUUUCUUUAUUCGCAACUAAACCACACAGAAGAUGAUGUGAAUCAUCUUCAGAAGGAGCUGAGCAAUUGUAGAGAAGGUAAAAACACCGGAGUGGGUGAGUUUUCUAAGGGGGAUGAGCAAGAAAGGAUGGUGGAGCCCCUCCCGUCUCCCCAGGGCCCCAUGGCUCAUUGCUGCGGCCAGCUGGAGGAGAGGUGGCAGAUGCUGCAGAGCCAGGUCCUCUCUGAGCUGGACACUUGUAAGGAAAAUAUACAUGGGGUCCAGAGGGAGGUCUCCGUGGUUGAGGGCAGGGUGUCUUGUAUGGAGAAAACUUGCAGCAAACUGGACUCCAUCUCUGGAAGUCUUCAGAGGAUCAAGGAAGGGCUCAACAGGCACGUCAGCAGCCUAUGGAGUUGCGUCAGGCAGAUGAAUGAGACACUCGGGUCACAUUCCAGAGACAUCGCUGGCCUGAAGAAUUCAAUCCAGCAGUUCUAUAGCCACGUUUUCCAGAUUUCUACUGACCUGCAAGAUCUGAUCAAAUUUCAACCAUCAGCAACAGAGGAGCCCUCAGAAGCGCCGCAGCCUUCGCCCCGAGGGAAGACCCCACCGGCGCCCCGCCGGCCCUGGCACCCGGCACUGGUGGAGGCCCCCACGGAGCCACCUCCUCCAGAGCUGACCCCUGCGCCGCUGCCGAGGCCGAGUGGCCCCCCACCUCCUGAGGACCCUAAACAACGGCUGCCCACGGGCCAGCAGCCUGUCCUGCCCAAAAGACCCCUGUGGCCGCUGCCCCCGCCAGUGCGGCCUGGCUGGACAGGGCUGCCCUUCUUGCCUGGCUCCACUGGGGUCAUUAUGGAGACUGGAGAGGCCGGGCCUCCGGGGAGGAUGGGCGUGUCGGGUAGGGGCCUGCCCCAGGGGGUGGACGGCCAGACGGGGCAGCGGCCUGUCCCCAGCUCGGAAGGCUUCGCGGGAGCACCAGGUUACCCCAAGUCACCUCCCAUAGCCUCCCCAGGGGUUCCAGCACCUUCUCUGGUGUCUUUCUCUGCCGGGCUCACCCAGAAGCCUUUCCCCAGCGACGGGGGCAUCGUUCUCUUUAACAAAGUGCUGGUGAACGACGGGGACGUGUAUGACCCCAGCACCGGGAUCUUCACGGCUCCGUACGACGGGCGCUACCUGAUCACGGCUACGCUCACACCCGAGAGGGACGCGUAUGUGGAAGCUGUCCUGUCGGUCUCCAAUGCCAGCGUGGCCCAGCUGCACACAGCCGGCUACAGGAGAGAAUUCCUGGAAUACCACCAGCCCCAAGGGGCUUUGCACACUUGUGGGGGCCCGGGGGCCUUCCACCUCAUCGUGCACUUGAAGGCAGGAGAUGGCGUCAACAUCGUGGUGACUGGGGGCAGGCUGGCCCACACGGACUUUGAUGAAAUGUACUCCACAUUCAGUGGGGUUUUCUUAUAUCCUUUCCUUUCCCACCUCUAGGGCGGCCGGGGCAAGGGACGGGGAGAGCCUUGUGAGGAUCGGAAGCUUUAACGUAUUCGGUUUGUGUGUGUAACUGGAGCACUGGUCUAGUUUUCUGCCAACAUCCCCCCCACUUCCUCAAGAUAAAGGCCUAGCUGGCUGCAGAGGCCACCACACCUUAGAGUCCCCAGCAGGCAGGAGUGAACACGUGGUUACUGGAUCCAGUGACUUCUGUCACUCUGACUGGACAACUGAAGAGCUGGAAACAGCCCUGCCUGUCAGCUGGGUUCUCCCCCCUGCAUCUGUCUCCCAGCUCCCGCCUCCAAGUUGGCCUGAGCUCUGCCCUGAGGGGCCUGCGGGGUGAACCUCGGAGCAGUCCUGCUGCUGGAGAAGGAAGAGUUGCUGGGCUGCAGGCCUGAGAGCAGGCGGGCCGGCGAGAACUGGUAUCUGUCUUUACUAGAGAGCAAAACUGUUACCAACUGUCUUUAUUUACACUGCAUGAAGGAGGAGAGUUUAAACACUGAAGUGCUAAACUGGCACGUGCCGCCACCGAGCCCUGGGGUUUACAGUCUGGGUGUCCCCGGUUGGCUCCCCACCGCUCACCCCGGCCUUGCCCAGCUGUGAAGGGAUGCGCGAGACUGUGCGCCACUUGCUGGGCUCCUUGAAUGACAUGUACAAUUUAAGUGCAAAGACAGGGAGUUCAAUAAAGAUGUAAAACCCC